AUGUCCAGUGCAGUCUGGUACCCAGUCACUCUUUGGUGGUGUGAGGAGGUGUACCUGUGGCUUCCACAUAGUGAAGGGUCCACCUCUCACCACUGCUCAGAGGACACCAGGGCCUCCUGCCUCUCCUGCUCAGAGGACACCAGGGCCUCCUGCCUCUCCUGCUCAGAGGACACCAGGGCCUCCUGCCUCUCCUGGUCAGGAGCCUGUAAGGAGCACUGA